GUUGCCUGUAUUUGCACCUGGGUUACAGAGCUUUCCUUUCACAGUAGCAAGGUCUCAGUCAGAUUUGUCAUACUCGUUUAUAAUCGUAAUUUGAGUUACAAAAAACAUUGAGAAGGGAAUAUGUGAGUACUUGGUAUCACUGCAUAUGAAACGCACUGAAGGAAAAUGGCAUUUUGGGCAUCGGCGUGAGCUGCCCUUGAGUGCAAGUAAGGAGAGCUGGCACCAUCUGCCCGAUGUAGGCACAGCUACUGUGAAAUGAACUGGUGCACCUGCAUUUUGAUAUCUUAUAAACAGCCUUUUGUUUGGAUGGGUCUCACUGCUGAAGGGUGAAUCGCUGCAUCUGUUUAACAAUGAAUGUCUGUUUAGGGCAGAGAAUGAAGGAUAACGUCCCCAGUAGAGAGGGGAAGAGAUGGAACGGGGAUAACCAUUAAAACUGGGCUCUUGCUGGUAGCUUACUGCUAACUUCCCUCCCUUGCAGUAAGAGCUUGGAGAGCUCAGGAGCUCUAAAAUGUCGCUUCCAGAACAACAUGUAAAGUAUUGUGUUCAGCAAUGAUAUAGCAAGAGUUCCUCUCUCUGAAUUACUGAUCCCAUACACAUUUUGUAAUGGGAAUGAGCAGGAGAGCGGCAUGCGAGUUGUGUAAAGUAAUCCUUCUACUCUACUUACAGGCAAGACCUAUUAAUGUUAAUACUGUGCCUGGCAUAGUAUUUAAAGAAAUAUAUGAACCGUUCAGGAUUCACAGGUGAGCAGCAAGUACAGUCAAAAAUCUGAAAACCAACAUCUGUGAAGAGGGAUCUAAUGAACCUGCUGUGCAGAGGAAAGGUGACCGAGGGGAAGGUGUGAGGAAAUCCUCAAAUAUCUGAAAGGCUCUCUGCCGAGAGGAAAGUAAUAAAUUGAUCUCUAAACCUGUCCAUGAGGUAACAGUUUUAUAUUGCAUCAAAGGAGAAUUAAAUUGCACAGGAGACUUUUUUUUUUUUUUUUUGAAGUAUAGGUAAAAUGAAAAACUAAAUGGAUCACCUAGGAAGGCAGUCUUUAAAACGAGCUGGAUGGACACCUGCCAGCAGUGGUUUAGGGGGUGCUGAUCCUUCCAUAGAGCAUGGGAAUGGAUUAGUUACCUCCCCAGGCUCCUUCCAGACCUAAGUGUAAAGAUACCUUGCAUGUCUUUGGGAUCUGGCUCAUCCCCUCACCAUAGUAUAUUACUGCGUAUGGAGCAGACUGCAGAGAUAAGCGUGUAGAAGUCCUGCACCUAGUUGAUCCAGUGAGCUCUAAAUAUUGCCUGCAGGAACACAGAAACUGUUUCUGGUGUGCUGUGGAGCAGCAGGGGGGUGGAGCUGGAUGGAUACCUUUGCACUGCAGUUUGGGGUUGGCACAGCCUUUGCCCUGGAGGAAGGGGAAGGGAUGAGCAAAGGCAUUAGUAGGGCAAAGGCUGUGUUGUCUGUUAAUUCCAACUAAAGCCAAGGCAGAGAGAGGUGAGCUAAAUGUCAUUUUUACCAAGGGCAGUAAGGCUGGCACAAGCCUCAGUGCCAAAAGAACAUGCAGUAAACUUUUGAGCAAGCUGCUGCCCUUUGUCCUGCUGUCGGGAGAGCAGUGACUCACACCACCACUGCGCUGGAGACAGUCCAUGCUAUUCCCCUGCGUGGCCUUUCAUGCCUCCGUUUUGGAGGGGGGUGAGCCCAGCUCCCAGGCCUGCAGUUUUGCAGAGCCUCAGGCUGGAAAUGAACUCCAGACUCUUUGGGAGGAAAGGAGGUAUUUUCCUCCCUUGCAUGGCUUUCCCACUUCCCUGGGAAGUUUCCCACCUCCACUUACGAGCAGUGCUGCCAGGAGCAGGGAGCCCACGCGGGAGUGCUGCAUGGGUGCACACUGCGUUAUCCUGCAUGAGGAUGCUGGGCAGCUGGGGGUGUUCAAGGGCUAGGUCCUGCUUGGUCCUUCCCCAAGGCUGAACAUGGGUACCUGCAUGCCAAGGGUUUCCUUUACUCCUGCUGUGCUGAGAGGCUAGGGACACUCAGCAAUCUUGCGUCAAGAGGCAGCAUUGCUGGUGCCUGGAUCUCUCAUCUUCACAGAUCCCUUUUUGCUAUUUCUUAGACUUUUAGCAUCACUGCUCUUUCCAGCACGCUGUCCAAGUCGUAUCGGUGUGGUUCUUCCUAGUACAGUGUGGAGUAAAAGUGGCCUCAAUCUCUGUAGUCAGUAACAAAACCCAUCAUAGCUCAACACAGUUUUCUUUUUUUCUUUCUUUCCAGUCAAUAGGACGCGCUGUUUUAUAAAGUGUGACGUGAGUCAGCAGGGUGCCCUUGCAGCAGGGAAGGCUAACAUAAGGAGCAACAUUAGCAAGAGCGUUGUUGGCAGGUCCAGGGAAGUGAUUCAUCCUCUCUGCAGCACUUGUGAAGCCACAUCAAGAGCACUGUGUUCUGUUUUGUCUCCCUCUCACACCCCGGUAGAGGAGAGAUGUUGACAAUCCAGAGAGAGUCCAGCAGAGGAUUGCUAGGGGAUAAGGUGUUUAGGGGCAUGGAGCACCUGCAAUACAAAGUGGACAGAAGGAGGGACAAGAGAUAGCAGGCACAAGUUGCAACGGAGGAAAUUCCAGUUGGACACAAUGCAGAAAUACUUUACCAUGAGCGUGGCUUAGCAGUGAACUGGGGCCCAGAGAGGUGAGGAUCUCCAUCCUUCGAGAUUUUCAAGACUCCAUUGGACAGAGCCCUGAGCAGCCUGAUCGAGCUUCAAAGUUAGCCCUGCUUUGAGCAAAGGUUGGACUAGGUGACCUCCACAGGCCCCUUCCAACUGAAUUUUUUUCUCUGAUUCUGUCUAUUCCAAACGCCUGGAGCGUUCCUCACAGUAUCUGCCCUGAUAUUCGGCUAAAAGCCUCCUCAGCAAAAUCCUCAGUAGAUUCUCUUAGACUGGUCUGAGAACCCAUUUUCUAUCACCUCUUACUUGACCUGUAGCUGCCUUGUGUGUAGUGGGCCAUGCUUGGAAAUCUUUGUUUUUGCUUAUAUCUAACCUCGGGCACAUGUUCCUGUAAGUUCAUUUGUCAGUGCCAUGUGGCAGCUCGAGGUCUGCCAUCUGUUGCAGAUCUGUCCAAACUACGUUGUUUUAUGCAGUCACGCAAGUUUCUUCUGCGUAAUGUUUCCAAUUUGCCUGUGCUAUCAGAUCGUAUAGGUAAAAUUCCCACCCAGGUUUGCAUCUCCUGUUUUGAUAAUCUCUUUCUUUGUUCCUGGCAAAAAGAAAUUGGCCCUGCUUAUAGCCAUUCAGAAUAUUUGUAUUUUCCUGUCCUAGUGCUUGACUAUAUCACAUCCAUCUUUCCAUCCCUCCCUUGACCCCCUCUUCUGUAUUGCAGCAAACAUGAGCUACAUGUCUGCAUUUGAAAUGCCCUUCCUCAUCUGCUCCCUCCCUACAUCACCCUUGUUCCAGCCUCUCUUAGCGCUCUCUUUUUCAGGUGUGUCUACGCGACCUGGCAAUGUUUAAGCUGUUGAAGAGGUGGGACGACUGCCAAGUGCAUGGUCUCAGUGUCCCCAUGUCUUUCUCCUGUGUCCGUCUCCUGUUCCUUGUGCUUAAACUCUUCUGCGUAGGAACUGUAUUCUUUCUCUGUGUUGUAUUUCUGAGCACAACGGGUUCCUAGUCCAUAACUGAGGAUCAUAGGUGCUACAGAAAUACAGAAAGGUUAUAAUCUCUUCUGCACCCAUUUGCACUGCUACGUAGACUCAGGUCUAUAGGAAAACCUGCUGUUGUCUGAUUGCUUUUGCCUCUUUCUGGCUGCCCAUUGCUCAUGAUCUGUUGCUUGUGAAAUGGUAAAGUCCAAAGAUGACCUCUUUCCAUGUUAUUUGGUAGCAUAGGAUUAAACUCACAGGCAUCCCAGCUGUGCCUCAGUUUCUGGGCUCCGCAGUGAACAAGACAAAGAGGAUUUUUUUGCAGUCAGCUGUUGAGGAUGGCUCCAGGGAGCCGUUUGUCCCGUUACCACAACAACCCACCAGUUCCCAAACCCGUGCAACUGGGAGGUGGGGCCUCGUGAUCGUCCUGCCAGGAGCACAGCACAUCUGUGUCAGAGGAGCUGCGCAAAGGGCAGCACAGCUGCCACACUCUGCUCCGAGCUCUGCUGACCGCGGCGGAGGACCACAGCUCAGUGGAUGUGUCACAAUGACGGCAAAGAAGAAUCAGACUUUGCAGAAUGGAGGUGCCAAGGAGAACGUGCUCCAGAGGGUCCUGCAGCUGCCAGUGGUGAGUUCGACAUGUGAAAGCCUGCAGCGGACGUACACCAGCACCAAGGAAGCCCAUCCACUCAUGGCCUCACUGUGUGAGGUGUACGAGAGAGGCGUGCAGGGGGCCGGCGCUCUGGCCGUGUGGAGCAUGGAGCCUGUGGUGCGCAGGCUGGAGCCGCAGUUUGCUGUGGCUAACAACCUGGCCUGCUGGGGCUUGGACCACCUGGAGGAGAAGAUCCCAGCCCUCCAGUACCCAGUCGAUAAGCUUGCUUCUGAACUGAAGGACACCAUCUCCUCCCCCCUCCAAAGUGCCAAAAGCUCUGUUUCUAACACUGUGGACAAAAUCAUGGGGAUGGCGGUGGAUGGUUAUGAGAAGACCAGGAGUACAGUUGAAACCACGGCAAGGUAUACAAGGAGCAACUCUGUGAGCCAGAUGGCAGCUGCAGGGGUUGACACAGCCCUAGGAGGGCUUGAGAAGCUGAUGGAGUAUCUCCUCCCAGAAGAGGACGAAGAAGCAGAUCAAAAGCCAAAAGAGGUUCGUGGAUCAGUGGCAAAGGCCUCCCAGCAGCAGGCCAGUGCUCCCAGCAAUCCCAGCACUCUGGGCCGGAUUGGAGCCUUGGUUAGUACCGUCUCCCACCGUGCUUACCAGCAAACAGCCCAAAGCCUCCAGCGUGCCAAAGCCAAAGGGCAGGAGCUGGCCACCUGGAUCCCUGGCCUGGGCAGCAUGGUGAAGCCUAGCGUGCCCCCAGUGCAGUGCACCCAGAGCGAGGGACAGAGCGCUCCGCCUGGCUGGCUGAGCAGGAGGCAGAGCAAGGUGCCAGAGCAGAAACAGGAGAAAGCAGAUGGGAAGAAAGAGGAAAACCACACAAAUGAGGCAGGAGAAGGCCCUGGGCUGGUGGGCAGCAUGGCUCAAAACCUACAAACUGCCUAUGUUUCCGGCAUCUCCACCGUGAAGAAGGUCCCUGCUGUGGCUUGGGAUGCGGCAGAGGGGUUGAUCCUGUUCACCCCCCGCAGACUUUCCAAGGCCAUGGAGACGGUGGAUGCUCUCGGGGGAACCCUCGUCAGUGCCCCCAAGCAUCUGCUGGGCACGCUGUACAGCUACGUGCCGCUCCGCAGGCAAUCGGUGAAGGAAGAGGAGACAGCUCACAGGAGCAAACCCAGCGCUGAGGCAGACCAGAAAGAGGAGGAUCCCAAGCCUGCAGCUCCCUCCUCCGAGGAGAAAUCCCAGCUGAAAGGAGACUGGCGAAUGUAUCGAGGCCACCACCCCUUCUCCUUCCUGGGCCUCGAAGACCCCAUCUUCAUCCGGCACAACCUGUAUCGGAGCCCCAACUUCGAGCCCGAGUACCCUCCUCCUCGUACGUCGGCCUUCGCCCCCUACAACAGGCGGGUGAGCGAAGGCUCAUACCGCUUUAACCCCGAGGCGAUGUAUACCCGGGCCUAUUACACCAACCUCCAUGGCAGUGCCUUCAAAAAGGACUGAGCUGGCGUGGGAAGACCAGAGCUCCCUUGCCGCCUGUCUCACCCAUGCCAGCUCACUCGUCUUCAUGCUUUGCCAGCGGCACGAUGCUGCGUUCAGCAUCUACCCUCGCCAGCUACCCGCACGGCACAGCCCUCUGUCCCCCACAACCCAGCUCGGACACAGGGAAGAGAGGAUAGGGGAACCAGGCUUGAGGCUGGAAGGAAAGGGGCUGCAGGGGCCCAGCGGUAGGUGUUCCUGGGGACCUGCCCCAAAGUGAGUGACGCUGGGGUGACGAGCUCAUCCAAGCAGGGACAACUGUGUGUGGAUGCCUCUCUGUCCUGCCUCUCAAAACUUGUGUCCAUGCAAGGAAAUAAUUGGUCAUGUCCUCUCUUCCAGACAAAGGAAAGGCACCAAACUAGCUAGUUCUGCUAAUAACUUACAAUAGCCAAAUCGGAAAUGUAAAGGCUAGUCUGUCCUGCUUCUGCUAGAAGAGCCAUUAGGGCUCUCCAGCAUAUAUUAUGAGCCCUCUCUAGCCCUGGUUCAAGAGAACAAAUACUGAGCCUUUAAAAAGGCAGCCUUCCGCCCAGUUACUCAUGGGGCUUACGGGAGAUUGUAACAAAACCUGAGGGGCAGUUUGAGGGCAAACUACCCUCUCUUCACAUGUGCCCAACAGACACAGGAGGAGACUCUGUUUUCUGUUCCCUCAGGACCGUGACGGCGCUAAAUAGUAGUUGUGCAAUGGGAAUUUGUUUCCUGUAGAGUGCAGUGGGGUAAGGAGGAGGAGACUAAAGGCAGCAAGAAGCUCUGUUCUGAAAGGAAGAAAGUAGGUGGGAAGGAUAUCAGAGAUUGGAAGGAGAUGCAGAAACACUGGGGAGACCAGAAAAGAGAAAAGGGGACCAGCCAGGGCUGGCACCAGGCCACCCUGGUCCUUGGUGAGCACAUAGUCUAUAUGGGCUACACACAAAGAACAGCAUUGUGAGACAGACCAGCAAGGACAACAAAGCCAUCAAACUCCAGCAAAGACAACCUAGUUCCUCAUCCUUCUUCCAUCCCACCUUGCAGGUUAUGUCUCUGACCCCACUUUGCUCUUCCCAAGCUUAUCUGGGAGCUGUGCUUGAAAGUCCCCAGCCACUGGCAGGAUUCACAAAUAGGAAUGCCCCAGGGAUCAGGCUCCUCACUUCCCUCAAGAGACUUCUCACAAGAGACUAAUGGUAGGGCCUUUGAGGUCAGGAACAAGACCUGUGGCAACAGGAGUGCCUCUUGGAGCCCCUCUCUUCUGUAGGACUGCCUGAUUUCCUGCAACAUGUUGUUCUAUUUGCUGCAGUAAUAAACCUUCGG